CUUUCUUACUUCCACAAUCACAAUAACGUAUAAUACUUCCAAACUCCAUUUCCCUCUUCUUCUUCUUCUUUCCUAUCCAGAAUCCGUUCGCUUUUUAGCGGCAUUUAUCUUUUUUAAAAAGAAAAUCAAUUUAGCUGCUGCUAAUACUUGGGGAAAGAAGAAAAACAGGCCAUGGAAGUAGAACCAGCAGCAGCCUCUACAGGAACCAGGCCGACCCUUUCAAGAAAAGCAUCCACCGCCUCCUCCUUCCGCCUCCGCAGCCCCAGCCUCAACUCUCUCCGUCUCCGCCGCAUUUUCGAUCUCUUCGACAAGAAUGGCGACGGCAUGAUAACUGUUCAAGACCUCAGCCAAGCGCUUAGCCUUUUAGGGCUCGAAGCUGAUUUCUCAGAACUUGAAUCCACCAUCAGGUCUCAUAUCAGACCCGGCAACGACGGGCUUGCGUUUGAGGAUUUCUUUUCGCUUCAUCAGUCGUUGGACGAGGCAUUCUUUAGCUACGACGAUGAGGAGGUGGAGGCUAACGGAGUCGAUGCUGUGACCCAGGAAGAGUCUGAUCUAACGGAGGCUUUUAAGGUGUUUGAUGAAGAUGGCGAUGGUUACAUUUCUGCUCAUGAGCUUCAGGUUGUGUUGAGGAAACUCGGCAUGCCUGAAGCUAAAGAGAUUGAAAGGGUUCAACAGAUGAUCUGUUCCGUCGAUCGCAAUCACGAUGGCCGCGUCGAUUUCUUCGAGUUUAAAGAUAUGAUGCGGAGUGUUCUUGUUCGCAGCUCUUGAUUUUCGAUUAGAUGUUUUCUCACUCUCAUUUCUUAUAUAUUUGAUGUUUUCAUUUUGGUAAAUUUGGUCUUUUCGUUUGGUAGUUAAAUGGUAUGGUGGUGAUAUUCAGGUUUUUGUACACAGAUUAUAAUAUUGAAAAGACCAUUUGAAUUGUAUAAGAUGAUCAAUGGGGCAAAUUUUCUUUCCAUUUUCUUCA